GCGCACUCUCUCUAAAGGAAGAGACGCCAUUUUGGUUAUAUAUGUCCCGCGUGAAUGGCGUUUUGUCUUGUAAAGCACCCGAUGCCUCGUAUCUGUAUACAUAUAUAGGACUCUGCCAUUAUAGGACAAGUUUACAGUGGCCAGCGUAUGGAUCCGACCGAUAUCUAAUAUGGACAAGGUAACGAUUGGGUCAGGCAAAUUAUUGAUCGACAAAAAAGGAAAACUCCUCGUGCAAGGUGAUGACAAGGUUGCAUCGUCUAAUCCAAAUGAAUCGCACCAACUGAUAACACGGACAAAUCCUGAUGGCUCAUCAAACCUUUACAUGGUCCCGUCGGAAGGAGUUAACAAAGGGAAAUUCUUCCUUGUGAUGCCCGAGAACAAUACAGGAAAACAAGACAUUCCUAGCAACGAUCUCUCAUCCAAUAAAGUUUCCAAACCUCUUCCAGAAAAUUCAACUUUUCCCAAUUCCUUGGAACCUAAAUGGGAGGCGCCGGGAUCACAGUGCCUAUCGACAGUCCUAAAGAACAUUGCGAAUCACAUAUCAUCAGAGUCCAAGGCAAGUGAGGACGUAAAACUACUGAAAAGUAAUUCGAUACCAUCAUCAAAUCAUGUGCCAACCGAAGUAGAAUCUCCAGCUUCAGUCAGUUCUUUUGUACUGACAGGCGCAAGCAUAAUAGAUCAUUCAUCUGCUAACUGUGAAUCUCAGGUUAACCAAGAACAUGACGUGAAGUCCAGCACAAAUUUAUCAGUAAUAGAACCUAAACCUUAUGUGAUACAGGGUACUAGCAGUAUCCCAGGCAACAGUUUAACUGUCCCGUCCGUAGGUACAAUUCCCAUUGCACCCUUACCAAGUGUACCGAGUUUGCCCAGUUCUCAACCGAUGAUGAUUCUUACCUCUGCUGCUGUUCCAGCGAAACCAUCAAGAACAUGUGACGAGCCUUUGCCAACAGCUUUGAACGCUCCUCCUUUACAUCAAUUGCCUGCCGGAACAUCUCUGUCACAGCCGAUAACAACAUAUAUUCAAACGCCUUACGUGGUGGUUAGUUCAACGUCAUCACAUCCAUUGUCAUAUCCUUUAUCAUCAACCGCCAUGUUGCCAUCAAAUCAACCGACUCUCGUCACUUCAUCCAGCAUUCAGCAAGUACAAAAGACUGGAGUUCCCAACUCAUCACUACAGAUUCCAUUAAUUCCAGUAUUAAUCAAUACAAACCAAACUAAUACGUCUGUUCCCAGUUUUCUCCAAACCCCAUGUACAAAUGUCUCCGUUGUGCCAAAACCAGCCACAUUAAUUCCAAACAUACUCAAACGAACGACCACUGCCUCUUCAUGUACAUCUCACCAACUUAAAAGUACCGUAUCGGCAGUCCCUAUGACGACCAGCUCAGAAAAAACCAACAUUACUAACGGAACACAUAUUCAACAAGCACCCGAGGUCGCUCUUGUUUCGCCACCAGCCAAAGAAAGUCCCUCUCUUUGUUACCGCACAAGAAGCGGCGGCUCUAUUGGGCAAGUCGCCUGUGCCGAAUAACAAGACGCUACAAGACACAUUAGCGUUCUUCUUAAAGAACAGGAAAAUGAUUCCGCAACCGACUUUCCCAUUGAGUAGCAAGGUUUUGAAAUCUCGACAAAACACUGUAACUCCAAUAUCCCGUAAAAGUACAGUGCCUUCCACUACUAGUCAAAGUAUGAACCUGACCACUACAGCACCUUUUACAAAGUCGUUACCCAAGGUCAUAAGUGUAGUCACUUCAGAUCAUUUGCAGGCCGUACCUGUUCCAAAGACAGCUGACGAUACUCCUGUUUUAAUUUCAAACAAAAACAAAGGAUGUCCCAGCGACAAAACAAUGGCAUGUAGCACAAAUACAACAACCACGUUCAAAACAGCAACAAGCUCUGGGGAUUUUGCAAGCGCGAUAAGUGCUCAGGUGUCUCGGCUUAGUGACGAAACAACUUCAUGUAGCGCAACACCUAUGGUGCUUUUCAGUCAUAAUGCAGCACUCAAUCUCAAGCCAACGGGGCUAUUAGAUCCACUUGGACCACAGGGCAGUAAAACAGCUCAUAUUACCACAACUCCUAAAAUACUACCCAAGAUUACCAUUCCGCAGGCUAACAUUGAUAAACCGUUAGGAUCACUAUCAGGUCUCCACCAAAGCCUUCCUUCAAGUUUAAAACUGGAAGAUAACAUGUAUCAGUUUUUUAUUCAUCAAAAUUCAAUGACGAAGCCGAAAACAAUUACAGUUUUUAAAGUACCUGUGUCGAAUCAGCAAAUACUAGAAACCACAAGUUCCGGAAGUUCUACUAUUUCCUCGUCAACGGUUACGUCAUCAAGUGUAUCCGCGUCUGGCAAUGUGUCUUUCCCUGUACCAACAUCAAAGGCUACAGUAGAGGCCAGCACCACUUCGUCGAGUAAAAUAAACUCCCAAAACGUACCCGUCCAUGUUAUUGUAACACAGACGUCAAGCCCAACUAAAACAUCGUGUAUUUCAUCAUACUCAAAUGCACCGAUUUCGUCCAAACCUACCUUCACGUAUGUGAGAAGCUCCGGACCCACAGAGUCAUCGCCUUAUAUCGUCACACCUGUUAUACAUGAAACAGACUCCAGUGAAAGGCGAAAACCCAAAAUCAUAGUAUCCAUGUUGUCAUCAAAACUGAAAAAAGAAAAUGAGACCAUGGGGAAUCUCGUGUCCAUCGUCCCAUCAAAGUGUGCGAGACUGACAACUUCGCCAGUUGGGUCUUUACGGAACAUUUCCUCUAAUACUGGUAGUCGUGUUGUAAAUGUAAAGACCAUAAACGAUGACAAAAAUGUGAGGAAUACCUUUCAUCCGGUCUCGAAACUCCCCUCGGACUCUACACAAUCGAAUAUCACCGCCUUCCCCAAGCUAACUGAACAGCUUAAUGCAUCAUGUAAGCCAUUAAGGAUAAAAGUGCAGACGAUUUACCAAUCCUCAUAGAUUCGGUAUUCUCGUUAUCGAGUGGAGACCAAACUACACAGUCUGCAACUCCAAACAUCGAUUUCUUUGAAGCAGAAAAUUUGUACCGCGAUAGUGACGCGUCCAAUACCAACCGCUUGAAUCAACAUCUAAGUUCGACAAAUUCGGGACAAUCUUCGAGUCAAACAUUCAGGGAAUUCGACCAUUUGUCUAACUUUAACGGAGUUAUUCUUCCAGAUGAAGCGAUAACGGAAUCAAAGCUAUUUUCACCUUCUUAUGUAGUUUUGGAAACACUUCGCAUGCACGGGGGGAAAAUGGAAGGCGUUAAUACACGAUGUUCUAGGACCUGUCGACAAAAGUUUCUGUCCAAAAAAUCCAAUAUUCGUCUGGCUAUACACAGAAAGAAACCUGUUUCCAAGCGAGUAGAAUCUCAAAAGGAUUCGACUGCAGACAAUCCACAAGGUCAAAAAGGAGAUGUGUGUGUAACUAGCGAUAAUAAGCUGUCUGAUGCCAGUAUCAGUUCAAACGCUGUCAAUAUUAAACAGUCACGUGACAUUUUACGAGCUAAAUUAGACACAGCUGGACAUGUUACAGCUAGUACCAAAGGUGACACUAUUACAAAGGAUUGACGAAAACCAAGGAAAGCGGGUAACAUCCAACAAUGCGGUUUUGCGGUUGAAAUACGAAACUUCGGAUGGAGUAAAGACAGCUGCAUGUUCUGCUAUACCAGUUAAGAAGGUUCCAAAUACAGAACAAUUUUAUAUGAUACGGGUUGAUGGUAAAACCGUAUUGGUUCCAUACAUGAAUGGAGGCAGUCAGCCAAAAGCGUUUAUCAUAAAUGACAAUAAAAUAAAUUUGGCUUCACAUGUCGUAAGUAAAAGUUCUCCCAAAGACUCUACACGACCAAAUGAAAUAGCUCUUUCUCACGUGACGUCGAAGGCAUGUACCACAGCGCCAACCAGUGCAAAUGCAGUUCCCAUUAUCAGCACGUCAGCACAACUGCCAACUACAACAUCUGCAAAGGUCAAUAUCAAACCAGAGCCCGUGACAUAUGGCUACGGAGACGAGGCAAGUAUUCAGCCCACUGUAGUUGUAAAACAAGAAAGGAUGGACAGGGGCUACUCCGACGAACCUCCCAAACUAGAACGAAUGGAUGUUGAUAAGUCAAAACGGAAAUCGUGUGAAUUGAAAUUAAAAAGGGAAGUCCCUAUUCCAGAGCUCACCGCUGAGGAAGUUGCUGUUCCAGCAAAGGUUCCGAGGGUUUUGUCAAAAGAGGAGAGGAUCAGUUCUUUAAAAGAGCUCUUAAAGAAACAAGAAAAAGAUUUGGAAGAGAUAAGACAGCGACGUAUUGCCGAAGCAACACCGGUCGAUCUUGAUUUCUAGAUCCAACUAGCUUUUGGACCCACAGUAGUAUGGACCGGAGUGAAUUUACGCUAUUGGUAUGUAGACUGGAAGAAAGUCAAGAUAAUUGGGCAAAUAUUUGAACCCGAGUACAGACUGAGUGUUUGUCGUUUUAUAUGGUUCUUCGCCUAGUUUUGAAUUUGAAGUCCUCUGUCAAGGACAAUACCGAUUACUAAGGAAUCAUUAGGUACGUGACGUCAUAUUAUAUUAUUUUUUUAAUUGAUCACGUGGUAUGUCCAUUUAUAUGUGUAUUUAAAUCACAGAAAGUUCUUGGUAUCUUAGUGUCGUAAGAAGUAAGUACGAAUGUCUGUAUCGAACCUACUUUUAUUUGUUUUUGUAGUUUUUACGUUAAACAUGAUAACUGGGUGUAAUCAGAUUUGGUGUAUCUAUUAUACUUCAAUGUCUUCUCAAGUUCGGUACAACAAAAGGAGACGCAAACACGUCAAAAAGAUUGAUUUUUUUUCUGUGUUGUUUUUUGUUCGCAAAUCUCGAAAUAGAUAACUUAUUGAUAAAAAUCAUUCUAAGAUAACAAGUCUGUUAAACGUUUAAUAACACUAUAACAUAUUGGUCCAUCGAAAAACAAGUUACUACGGCAAUGUAUGUAAAGAUAUAUCAUUAUCGCAAUACUGUAUUUUGUUUAUGUUGUUUUUAUUAUUAUGUACUUGUUCUGACAUAUCGAUAUGGUGCUGGCUUACUUUUUGUCAGUGUCUUGAAUAAGCCAUUCUAGCCAGCACCUCUGUCGUGUUCGCUUGACAACCUUUGGUGUUAAUUACAUGCAGUGUAUGUAUGCACACGAUGGACAGAAAGAGGAACAGUAUAUUCCAAUAAAUGAACAAUGAACCUCAAAACUAACUCAUUUAUUAAAACAAAAAGUAAAGGUAUUACAUAUGUCCAAGUCAAUGUUAUCAUUCAAUGACAUUUUAAAACAUACAUGUAACUAAAAUACGUUUUAGUUCAUUAUAUACAUGAAAUUUAGAUACUUUCUGAUGCAGUAGAAAAGCUGAUAGCUAUCAUCAUCACUAGGGAGGACAGUGUUGUCUCGUUCUCGCUUUCUUUAUUUGUGACCUAUUGAUAAACAUUUUCGUCUGCAAUCAAGAUAUUGAAACUGACGAUUGUUAAUUAAAAUGCCAUAGGAUAUGAAUGUUGUUAUUUCUUGUCGUAUGGAUGUUGUCAUUUUUUGUCGUUUAUGUUCCUCCUUUUAAGCUGUGCAAAUUAAAAAUGAACCUUUGGUAUGCAAUCAUUUUGUUAGAUUUCUGUGUUUUUUAUUUGUAUUUCAUACAGAUGAUCAACAUAUCCGGCAUACAAUUUUAGCCAGUAACAUACUGUAAGUGUUUAAUUAAACAUGAAACGAUAUUGAUAUUUGAUUUUGAAUAAGAUUGUGUCCGUCGAAAUUAUUGAAUCAAGUUACAUAGAAGUUCCGAACUAUAUGCCAUUACAGUACUUGGCCGUUAUUUGUCUGACUUGGCAUAAGUUAAUUUUUUUUUUUUUCGCGUGACGAAACGUAAAAACUUAAGUACAUUGUACAUGUAUGUCAUUUUAAUGGGUGUUGCAGGUUAAAUAAUAUGUAUGCGGAGUCUGAAAUAUUAAGAUGUAUAUAGGCGUGGUUGUAAAGUGAACGAAGAGAAAAGUAAGUUUGUAUAAAUGUAGAUAUCCUAUCGCAUCUAACUAGCCAGUUAGUCUGACCUCAUUAUGACUGCCAUUAUACUGGAGAGACAUCGAUUGUUUGUCCGUCCGUACGUCAAUGACAGAAGGGAUCUUUACUUAUUUGACCCUUCGUUUAGCUUCAUUUUGGCUAACAUUUUACUGUAACGAAAAUUGUUUUGAGAGAGAUUUUAUCAUUUUUAUUGAACCUAAUAUGAUAAAUAUAUAUAGUUAUAUCUCAAUAGAAUAAAUUGUGUUGCAAUUA